AUGCGUUCCUUGUCGUCUGUUGCUCUCCUGUCUGCGAUAGGAGCUGCCUCCGCCCAGGCUGGCCCUUGGGGACAAUGCGCAGGCAUCUCCCAUACUGGACCUACCACUUGCGAGUCGGGAUGGUCUUGCGUCUAUCUGAAUGACUGGUACAGCCAGUGCCAACCUGGAGCUGCAACAUCUUCAUCGACCACCGUCUCUUCGACCAAGCAGCCUUCGUCCACGGUUGCUGCUCCGUCUUCGACUACAUCCGCUCAUACGCUGCCCACUGGUAGCGGCUCUUUUGCCAAGACGGAUGGACUCAAGUUCAACAUCGACGGCAAGACUAAAUACUUUGCUGGCACCAACGCCUACUGGCUGCCGUUCCUGACCAACAAUGCCGAUGUUGACGCUGUCUUCGACCAUCUGCAGCAGACCGGCUUGAAGAUCCUCCGCACUUGGGGUUUCAAUGAUGUGAACACCAUCCCCGGCUCUGGAACCGUCUACUUCCAGCUCCACGACAAGGCAACCGGUACCAGCACCAUCAACACCGGAGCCAACGGUCUGCAGCGCCUGGACUACGUUAUCUCCGCUGCUGAAAAGCACGGCAUCAAGCUGAUCAUUCCUUUUGUCAACAACUGGGAUGACUAUGGUGGCAUGAACGCCUACAUCAAUGCCUACGGUGGCAGCAAGACCGAAUGGUACACCAACGAGAAGAUCCAGAGCGUCUAUCAGGCGUACAUCAAGGCGAUUGUCUCUCGCUACAGGGACUCUCCUGCCAUCUUUGCGUGGGAAUUGGGCAAUGAGCCCCGCUGCAAGGGCUGCAGCACCGAUGUCAUCUACAACUGGGUGGCUAAGACCAGUGCUUACAUCAAGUCUCUGGAUCCCAACCACAUGGUGACAACGGGUGAAGAGGGCAUGGGUCUGACUGUCGACUCCGAUGGCUCCUAUCCCUACUCCAAGGACGAGGGCAGCGACUUCGCCAGGAACCUUGCCGCCCCCGAUAUCGACUUUGGAGUCUACCACCUCUACGUUGCCGACUGGGGAGUUUCGGACAACGCCUGGGGCAACCGCUGGAUCAAGUCCCACGCCAAGGUCUGCGAGGCUGCUGGAAAGCCUUGCCUGUUCGAGGAAUACGGUAUCAAGGAUGACCACUGCGGAGACUCGCUCAAGUGGCAGAAGACCUCUCUGACUACCACCGCCAACUCUGCGGAUCUGUUCUGGCAGUAUGGCCAGCAGCUGUCCACCGGUGCCUCGCCAAAUGAUCACUACACCAUCUACUACGGCACUGAUGACUGGAAGUGCGCUGUCAUCGACCACAUCAGCCAGAUCUAA